CCCCCCCAAAAAAAAAAAAAAAAAAAAAAAUCUUUAUUCCUUACUGUUGUCCAAUCGAGUUGGAAAAGCUUCAAUCUUUCUCUCUUUCUCAUUCAUCAAUGCCACCCCUAGUCUGAUUUCCUCUCUCUCUCUUUCUUUCUUUCUCCGAAACAUGUCAAACUAUACAGUUGAGUCCACCAAAGUAGAGACAAGUGAUGGAGCCAAGCUGCAUACAAGGCUGUUCAAGCCAAUAGAGGAAGGAGAUGUAAAAGGCAACUUGGUGAUUGUUCUUGUACAUCCAUUUUCAAUCUUGGGUGGUUGUCAAGCACUUUUAAAAGGAAUUGCUGCUGGGUUAGCUGAAAAAGGUUAUAAAGCUGUGACCUUUGAUAUGAGAGGUGCUGGUAAGUCUACUGGGAGGGCUUCUCUUACUGGUUUUGCUGAAAUCAAGGAUGUUAUUGCUGUUUGCAAAUGGGUCUGCGAGGAUCUGUCUUCUGAUAGGAUUUUGUUGGUGGGUUCUUCUGCAGGUGCACCAAUUGCAGGUUCUGCGCUCGAUGAGAUUAAAGAAGCGGUUGGCUAUGUAAGUAUAGGGUACCCCUUUGGCAUGUUCGCCUCCAUCCUUUUUGGAAGACACCACAAGGCAGUCCUGAACUCUCCAAAGCCAAAACUUUUUGUUAUGGGAACUAGAGAUGGCUUUACCAGUGUAAAGCAGCUGCAGAACAAGCUGAGUUCUGCUGUAGGACGCGUUGAAACACAUCUAAUUGAAGGAGCAAGCCACUUCCAAAUGGAAGGCCCUGAAUUUGAUAACCAGAUGGUGAACCUUAUCCUUCCGUUUAUCUCAUCAUUAUAGGAAUAUUAGAUGCCAUGUCAGUUUAUGAGGUGUGCUGGGUCAGAUUGCCCCCUGUAGGAACUCUUGCUGUACAUGCUGAUUAUCUUUGUUUAAUUUGCAGGAUUUGGCAAAUGGUUUGCAUAUUCUAUGUCAUCAGAGUCAACUAACAAUUCAGUGA